AAGGGAGAUUUUUAACGACUAGAUUAUUAUUAUUUUUCUUUAUAUAUUGCUUAUUUAGAUAUGUCUGUCCGGUAGUGAUGAGAUAAUUAAGGCGGGAGGGAUUAGGAGUUUAACCUCUCAAUUAACAUUAACCACCGUAAUUGAUUCAUUGAACUGAUAAAACAGACUAAGGAAAAAAACUGAUCCGACAGUGACACUGCUGAACAAACAUUUGUCUCAAAACCGAAAAGAAAGACAUCAGAAACAUUUGAAACUUGCACGACUCAAACAAUUCAUGUUUUUUUCUUACAUUUUCUUUGAAUAAUUGAAUCUUUAUAUAAACUUCUUCCACAUUUAACAACUCAAAACCCCAAACAAUAAAAAAAAAAAGCCAUUAAUGGCACUCUCAGCUUUAGCAACAACAGCAACACUUUUAUCAUCAUCAAGAAACAAAUCUCCAAAUCCCAUUAUCUUUUCAUCUUUCACAAAAAAGUCACAAUUUUUGACAAAACAAACACGACCCAGAAACAGAAAAAACUUUUCAUUAACAGUUAGAAGCGUUGCAGCACCACCCACAAAAACUGAACCAAAUCAAUCCCCAGAAGCUGAAAGGAACGAAAUUGAUGAAGAAUUUGAUGAUGAGAGUUCAUCAUCGAAGUUUUCGUGGAGAGAUCAUUGGUACCCAGUUUCGUUAAUCGAAGAUCUGGAUCCUAGCUUGCCUACACCGUUUCAGCUUCUGGGUCGUGAAAUUGUUCUUUGGUUUGAUAAUUCCAAUUCUCAAUGGGUUGCUUUUGAUGAUAAAUGUCCUCACCGUCUUGCCCCUUUAUCUGAAGGAAGGAUAGAUGAGGUUGGAAACUUGCAGUGUUCUUAUCAUGGGUGGUCUUUUGAUGGACGUGGAAGUUGUGUUGUGAUUCCUCAGGCUUCACCGGAAGGUCCCGAGGCGCGUGCUAUUGGGUCUCCUAGAGCUUGUGCUACUAGGUUUCCUACCUUGGUGUCUCAAGGGUUGCUCUUUGUUUGGCCUGAUGAGAAUGGUUGGGAGAAAGCAAAUGCAUCCAAACCUCCAUUGUUGCCUGAUGAUUUUGUAAAACCCGAGUUUGCAACGGUGAACAUUCAGCGUGAUCUGUUCUAUGGCUACGAUACUCUCAUGGAGAAUGUCUCUGAUCCUUCUCACAUUGAUUUUGCUCAUCACAAGGUUACAGGAAGGAGAGAUAGAGCCAAGCCUCUUCCAUUCAAGAUGGAUUCACGUGGUUCAUGGGGAUUUUCAGGAGCUAAUGAAGGGAAUCCACGGAUCAGUUCCAAAUUUGUUGCACCAUGUUAUUACAUCAACAAGGUUGAGAUUGAUACCAAGCUCCCAAUAGUUGGUGACCAGAAAUGGGUAAUAUGGAUAUGUUCCUUCAACGUCCCCAUGGCACCCGGUAAGACUCGCUCCAUUGUUUGCAGUGCUCGAAAUUUCUUCCAGUUCACAGUUCCAGGUCCUGAAUGGUGGAAAGUGGUUCCUAGAUGGUAUGAACAUUGGACUUCAAACAAGGUAUAUGAUGGAGACAUGAUUGUCCUUCAAGGUCAAGAGAAAAUAUUUCUUGCAGAAACCGAACAAGGCGGCGACAUUAACAAACAGUACACAAGCCUCACCUUCACGCCAACACAAGCUGAUCGUUUUGUGUUGGCAUUUAGAAAUUGGCUGAGACGACACGGAAAUGGCGAACCUGAAUGGUUCAGCAAGAGCAGCCAGCCAUUGCCUUCAACCGUACUAUCAAAACGUCAGAUGUUGGAUAGAUUUGAACAGCACACACUAAAGUGUUCAUCUUGUAAAGGAGCGUAUGAGGGAUUCAAAACAUGGCAGAAAAUCCUGAUCGGUGCAACAGUUGUGUUUUGCGCGACUUCUGGGAUUCCAUCAGAUAUUCAGCUGCGUGCAAUUUUGGCCGGACUCGCGGUUGUCAGCGCAGCCUUAGCUUUUGCCAUAAACCGACUAGAAAAGAAUUUUGUAUUCGUCGAUUAUGUGCACGCUGAAAUCGAUUGAACACAUACAUUAUUACCCCCAAUGGUUUUAUGACUAGUUGUUAAUUGUAAAUGAUAGAGCUGAGGACUAAUACCAUUACAACGUGUCUGUUAAUAUGUGUAUAUAUUUUCAUUUUCAUCAACAGAGGACUAAUUUUGAGUUUGUAGUUAUUCAACCAAGUUUGUUAUUUUC